AUGGUUGUGUGUAGAUAUUUUUUGCAAGGCAGUUGUCGUUUCGGGCAAAACUGCAGAUUUGAACAUACAUAUAGCUCCAAAUAUUCAUAUCAAGCUCCUACAGCAAACGUAGACCAAGAAGUAAUCCAGCAAGUGAAAUCUGAUAUCCAAGAAUCUCUGUAUGGUGGUCAAUGGAUACUAAGCUACUAUUCCCCAUUCAAGGGAGGUUGCUUUCCUGGAUUAAAUAAUUUUUCACAGGAGGAAGCUAGACUAAUGAUUUAUGAAGCUAAGGCUAAUAACACUUUGGACCAAACAAUGUUGUAUAUGAACAGUUUAUAUAAUGAUAAUAAGCAGAAAUAUCAACAGAUUCUUGAGGCAUCUCCUUCUAUAGUUAAAGUACUAACAAGUUUGUACAAAGGUGAGCCUGUAAGUUCUCCAUUCGAAAACAAGAGCCAGGUAUCUCAGGGUUUUGGGUCACAAGCAACAUCCAUAUUUCGAAGUGCUGUACAAAGCGAUCCUUUUAACCAAACAAAAGAAUCUGUAUUUUCAAGAUUAGGUAACCAAAAUGUCAAUGCAAGUGAUGUUCCUAAGUCAAUAUUUGCUCAAGCGACACACAACAUUUUUGGGCCUUCUCAACCACCACCAGCUUACCAACCACCUCUACAAAAUAAUUCAACAGCGAAAUCAAUUUUUGCUCAAGCAAGUCAUAACACCUUUAAUCAACCACAGCAAAGUGUUUUCACAAACAACCAACAAAGUGUAUUCACAGCAAGUCCACCGAAACAAAAUAUCUUUGCAACCAACCAAGUGUCACAUGAUGUUUUUGCAAAUAAUCAGCAACAACAAAGUGUCUUCACAAAAACUCCAGAAAACCCUUUUGGUGUACAACAAAACACAAUCACAAGGACUAAUGCAGAAAUAUUUGGUAUCACCAAAAAUGCUUUUGAACAGUCACCAGAUGAUGAUGAUAAUGUAUACAGCAAGAUUGAAAGUCUUUCACCAUCAGACUUAGAAGCGUUUAAUAGUUCAGACUUCAAAUUAGGUUUUAUACCAGAGCUGCCACCACCUCACAGUUUGUGUAUUUAG